AAAUAGGGGGUGAGGAGAGAAAGGAAAAUAGAAGGAAAAAGAGAAAGAGGUGUUCACAGUUUUUGGACAGCCAAGCCUCAUCCAUCUUCCCAACAAACAAACAACUCUCACCGCAAUUCUCUUUCAUCUCUCACCCAGACCCCCAAACCCAGCCUUCGCAAUCGGAUUCUCUUCUAAAUUUCCCCUUCUUUUUAUUUAUUUUUCCUAUAUACUUUUUUUUUUUUUUGUGUAAAUUAAUUAAGGUAGGAGUAAAGCAAGUUGUUUAAAUUAUGGGGUUGAACGAUGUGGAUCUUCAAGAUGACGGUGAUGGAGGAGGAGAUGGUGGUGGUAAAGAAGAUAAGACAUCAUCGACGGUUGCGUGUUCGAUUUGUCUUGAAGCUGUUACCGAUAAUGGUGAUAGAUCUUUCGCUAAGCUUCAAUGUGGUCAUCAAUUUCACCUUGAUUGCAUUGGUUCCGCCUUUAACAUCAAGGGGCAAAUGCAGUGUCCCAACUGUCGGAAAAUUGAGAAGGGUCAAUGGCUUUAUGCAAGUGGUUGCCGUCCCCUACCUGAUUUCAACAUGGAUGAUUGGGCGCAUGAUGAAGACCUAUAUGAUCUGAGCUAUGCUGAAAUGUCAUUUGGAGUUCACUGGUGUCCGUUUAGUGGAUUAACUCGACUGCCAUCAUCGUUUGAUGAAGGGGAUCUUUCAUCUAGUGCAUAUCAUGAUCUUCUGGGUCAGCAUGCUAUAUUUGCUGAACACACAGCUGUAUCAUCUGCUGCUCAUCCAUGCCCAUAUGUUGCCUAUGUUGGCAUCCACCCAUCAUCUUCAAAUUCCAGUGGGAGUAUCAAUGAUAGUCCUAAUUUCAACAAUCACUGGAAUAGUCCAUCUGUUCCCAGCGAGAUGCCUGCGACUUAUGCUUUCCCAGGAAUGGAUGUGCAUUAUCAUAGUUGGGACCAUCAUUCUUCUUCUUUCCCUAUGGCUAACAGUCGUGUUGGUGCUGCUGAUCAGUCCUCGGUUCCCUCUGUUACUCAGAGAGUUGCCAGAACCAAUGCUGAUAUCCCAAGACCAGGAUCUUUUGUCCCUCCAUUCCUUGUUAGUCACGGUUCUGCUGCUAGAGCUGGAAGUUCAGUUGCCUCACCAAUGAUACCUCCUUAUCCUGGAAGUGUAGCUCGGGCUCGUGACCGUGUUCAGGCUCUUCAAGCUUAUUUUCAGCAACCAAGUAAUUCACCAGCUGUACGCACUCCUGUUAUGUCUGCUAGUCGAAGAUCCAGCAAUCAUAGAGGGUUGGCUCAAGUGGGCCCAGCUGCCUCAUCAUCUGAUCAGGCUGGUGGCUUCUACUUCUAUCCUUCAGGUACUUCAGGAAGAAGCUUUCAAGAAGCAGAAAAUCCAGUAUCCAACAGAUAUUGGGAACGGGAACACAUGCCUGCCUUCCCCUUGAGUCAGGUUGACAGAGAUCCUAUUUGGGGGCCAUUUCAUCACACAGGUGUUGGAUCUGAUACUGGUAGUCGAUCUGGAAGCUUCCGCCCGAGGCAUGGAUCUGAGAGGAUGCCAUCCCAGAAUCGGUCGUAAAUUUCUUGUGCUGUUUUGAUGAGAACUGUGAUUACUAUGAAUGAACCCAAUUUAUGUAUGUUUUGAGAAAACGAUCUAUAAUGGUUGGAGUCUUGUCAAUUUGGCAGGUUCAAACUGUUUCGUGGCCAUGAAGUGAUCCCUUCUGAUGGCCAUGAGUUGUGUGAUGGGACUGUGGCGUCCUCUUGUUUCUGUGCCGUGGGGUUAUAAAUAACAUCACAAUGUUAAUGGCAAAGUUCAAGCUAGUGGUUGCCUCUUUA